UUAUCGUGCCGAUUUUUUAAAGAAAAUCUCGUAGAAAUUCUUUAGUGAGCGGUGGGAAGAAUGUUUCGUUUCCUUACUCGCAUUACAUGCCAUGAUCGGAUCUUGCGGCAUGGCCUACACGCAUCCCGCGUUUGUGCAGUGAAGGGUGAGGCUGUCAAGAUGCCAUCCUUGUCUCCGACGAUGUCGGAAGGAACUAUUGUCAACUGGUACAAGAAGGAGGGAGACGAAAUCAAAGCGGGUGACGUACUAUGCGAUAUUCAAACGGACAAGGCUGUUGUUGGUUUUGAGGUGGAGGAAGAAGGCAUUCUAGCAAAAAUUUUGAAACCCGAUAACUCGCUGAACGUGGCUCUGGGAUCCCUUAUUGCACUGAUGGUGGAACCAGGUGUGGAUUGGAAAUCCGUGGAAAUGCCUGAAGGAACCACGACCACCACUGACAAACCAGAAGCUGUCUCGGCGCCUACUCAAGUAGACACUCAUCAAUCAUCACCAAGAAGCAUCGGCCCCGCCGUUCGGAACCUGUUGACGGCACAUGGAAUUCUUCCCGAUGAUGUGACGGGUACUGGUCCCUAUGGGAGGCUCACAAAGGGUGAUGUUCUUGAUUUCAUCAAAUUGAAAAACUUGAAGGCAGUGGAAAUCAAGCCUGAACCGGUUCAGAAAGUUGCAAAGGUGGUCGAGGCGCCGAAACAAAGCGUAGAGACUGCGCAUUAUGUUGACGUGGCAGUGUCAUCCAUGCGAGCCACGAUUGCGAAGCGAUUGAGCGAAUCGAAGCGGAGCAUCCCACACGCUUAUGCUACGGUGGAUGCCGAUCUCACAGCUCUGCUUGCGGAGCGCCAAAAACUCAAGGCCCAUGGUCUCAACAUUUCUGUCAACAACUUCGUGAUCAAGGCUGUCGGGCUCUCAGAGCAAGCAAUGGGGUUGCAGUUGCACAACCAGUUCUUACUCGUCCACUCUCUUGGUACUCGGUAG